AUGAGCGCAACCAAUAUACAAAAUUGGUUUGAAGCCGAUGACUUCACAGAAGUCGAAGACAUUAACAUUCACCCAAACGUCUCUGUCUUCAACAGAAAACUAUAUACGUUUGGUAGCAAGAAAGAAACCUACUUGAAAUUUUCAUCCAUCAAUAGCAACAUUAAAUCCCAAGAUGAAAUUUCCUUACUUGAUACAAAAUCAUGUAUUUUCAAAAUAAGUGACACUAGAUACAUUGUGGUCAUAUGUAAUAUUGAACAAGCUGGAUAUGCGGUGCUUGGAGAAUUGGGUAAUAGAUAUAUUACCAAAAAUAAGUUAUGUGAUUACGAGGACGUCGAAAUGCGAUCUCCUGAUGAACACAAUAUCAUAUCUGUUAAUGAAAUCUAUGACCCAUCAAGUUUAGAUUUCAAAGAACUAUUUGAGCUGGCAAAUUACAGAGUUGAGAAAUUUUUUGAUAAGUUUAUGAAAGAUAUUCAAAAUAAUUGA